UGGGCGGGGGCCGGGUCAGCGAGGCCCGCAGAACCGAAGGCUGAGCGCCGCUGAGCGCACGCUCAGAGCAGACAGCUGGAAGCAGGCAGGACGGAGAGCCUAAGACACCGGGGCUGACCGCCAAAGGGAGGGAAAGGUGGUCAAGGAAACCGGCCAGGCCAAGUACGCGGGGCGACAGCCAGGAGAGUCCAGGGCCAGCGGUGGCUGCCGAAGCAGCCCUACACCUUAUGCGCGGACGCAGCGCAGGCGGGAGAGCGAGGACGCGCCGGGCACGGCGCGCUGACCCCGCUGGGGCGCACGGGUGCCAUGUCGUGCGAGCGGCCUCCGCGCACCGACAUCCCUCGCAACCUGAGCUUUAUAGCAGCGCUGACCGAGCGCGCCUACUACCGCAGCCAGCGACCCAGCCUCGAGGAGGAGCCGGAGGAGGAGCCGGGGGAGGGCGGGACCCGGCCCGGUGCCCGCUCCCGGGCUCCCGUGCCGGCUCGGGGCCGUAGGGCCCGCUCUGCGCCCGCAGGUGGCGGCGGGGCCCGGCCAGCCCGCAGCCGCAGCCCCGACACCCGCAAGAGAGUGCGUUUCGCCGACGCGCUGGGGCUGGAGCUGGCCGUGGUCCGCCGCUUCCGCCCGGGGGAACCGCCCCGGGUGCCCCGCCACGUGCAGGUGCAACUGCAGAGGGACGCCCUGCGCCACUUCGCGCCCUGCCCGCCGCGCACCCGCGGCCUCCAGGAGGCGCGCGCCGCCCUGGAGCCCGCCCGCGAGCCCGGCUUCGCCGCCCGGCUGCAGGCGCAGCGCAUCUGCCUGGAGCGCGCCGACGCGGGCCCUCUGGGCGUGGCCGGGAGCGCGCGCGUGCUGGACCUGGCCUACGAGAAGCGCGUGAGCGUGCGCUGGAGUGCGGACGGCUGGCGCAGCCUGCGGGAGUCGCCUGCCGCCUACGCCGGCCCGGCCCCGGCCCCACCGCGGGCGGACCGCUUCUCCUUCCGCCUGCCGGCGCCUCCGGUCGGCGGCGCGCUGCUUUUCGCCCUCCGCUACCGGGUGACCGGCCGCGAGUUCUGGGACAACAACGGCGGCCGUGACUACGCGCUGCUUGGGCCCGAGCACCCGGAUGGUGCCGGAGUCGCCGAGCCCCAGGGCUGGAUCCAUUUUAUUUGAGACUGGGCUCCUGCCGGCCACAGCAGGGAAAAAACAAAAACAAAACAAAACAAAAACAAAAAACAGAGGCACCCGGGGGGCGGGGGAGGCUGUGGCAUCAGGAACCCGGGAACCACGGUUGGCAGAUGGGUGGAGAGCGGUCCCAGAGAGUCAAGCAGAGGAGGCUGGAAACCUCCUGCGAGGCUCAGAGACUGUAGGGUGGAGAACAUCAGCUGGGUGUAAGUGAAAAGAACUCAAGGAAUUCGAGGAAGGAGUCCCAGGCUCUGGAAAGUUAAGCCUCCUUGGGCUAGGACGCAUUAUGGAUUGAGCAACCUUGAUGUAUGAA